CAAGCUUUUAACCGCCGGUUCGAAAAAACAAUCAAUAUUUUCAAUCUGUCUCCUACCAAUGGUCGUUAAGUCUUUUCUUCUUCCUCCUGCAACCUCUUCUUCCCUCUCUCAGUUUGAUUUGACCGGAGUAUAUGGCGGAAGUACGAUCACGAUCACGGAGAACGGAGAGCAAUUGGGCUACAAUAUGCUGCUCAGCUUUCUCGUGUCUCCAGCUCUACUGGGCACGUAUUGUUCUCCGUAAAUGGUUCAAUGUUUCUGCUUCUGAAUCAGAUUAUAGUGCUGAUAGUGACGAUGACUACGAAGAUAGAUCACAAGAAUUUGAUCCAAUUAGCUCUGGAGUUACCAAUCCUCGUGUUGAUACUGACGAUAGGCCUAAGCUUAGAAGACGAAAUUCUGAAACUUUCAGGAUGCAGUAUAUAGAUACCAAAGCAAUCAGAAUCUGUGCUGGGACAUGGAAUGUUGGAGGGAGAGUUCCUUCAUCUGACUUGGAUAUUGAUGGUUGGCUAGACACUCUUGAACCUGCUGACAUUUAUGUUCUUGGUCUUCAGGAAAUCGUUCCCUUAAAUGCUGGAAACAUUUUUGGUAUGGAGGAUGACCAGCCUGCUUUGGAAUGGGAGAACUUGAUACGUGAUGCCUUAAACCGAGUUCAACCUAGAAAGCUGAAGAUUAAAAGUCACAGUGAUCCCCCUUCUCCAUCAAAGUUUAAGCAACCCGAAGAGGUUCCUUAUAGUGUAGAAGAUAUGUUUGUUGAAACCAGUCAUGAUGCUUGCGAUGGAAUUAGUUCAAUGGAUAACAAACUCAACUCUGUUGAAAGCACGGACGUACCAAUCGUAAGCGAAGAUUCACUUACUAAUAUAGACGUUUUGGGUUCUACCAAUGACAAUGCGUCUUGCUUACCAAUACAAGAAUAUCUACAGAGACAAUUUUCAACACCAAAUACGCCAGACCGCUCUCUGUCGAUGCAGAUUAAUAGUGAUUCCAAAAGGGAAGAAAGAUUUAGUUACACUGAAAGGGUAGGUUUGAGCUGGCCAGAGCCUCCAUUAAGGCUCCUAAAUCAAUAUGUUUCCGAAAGACGUGGUUCCUUCAAGUCAGUGAAUCUGACUAUCACGAAUCUGAGAAAACCAUCGUAUGUUCGGAUUGUGAGCAAACAGAUGGUUGGAGUGUUUCUCACCAUUUGGGUUCGGAGGAACUUGCGCAAGCACAUAAGCAACCUUUGUGUGUCUACUGUUGGUGUUGGUAUUAUGGGCUACAUUGGUAACAAGGGGUCUGUAUCUGUGAGCAUGUCAAUCUAUCAAACACCAUUUUGUUUCUUGUGCACGCAUCUGUCAUCUGGAGAAAAGGAUACAGAUCAAGAGAAAAGAAACGAUGAUGUACGUGAAAUCCACAGAAGAACGCAGUUUCUUCCUCAUUCUUUAAAUGCCAAUGAGCUUCCAAGAAGCAUCUGUAAUCAUGAAAGAAUAAUCUGGCUGGGAGAUCUGAACUAUCGGAUUAACUUGUCGUAUGAGAAGACACAUGAACUUAUUGCAAGAAAGGAAUGGCAAAGGUUGGUAGAGUACGACCAGCUUUCAAGAGAAAUGACAAAAGGGAACCUAUUCGAGGGAUGGUCAGAGGGAACUUUAGAUUUUGCACCAACAUAUAAAUACGAAAUCGAUUCAGAAAAUUACAUCGGAGAUGACCCGGAAUCCGGGAAACGUAGACCGGCCUGGUGUGACCGCAUCAUUUGGAACGGAAAGGGAAUGAAGCUCUUCAAUUACAGAAGAAACGAGAUUAAACUAUCGGAUCACCGGCCUGUCACAGCCACGUUCUUGGCCGAGGUUGAGGUUUUGUCUCCACGGAAACUUCAACAUGCGCUUACACUUACAUAUGCUGAGAUUCAAGGCCUUGACGCCUAAACAACCACUUCCGUCAGAUCCCAUUUGUGUAUAGUAAUUUAACGAUUUGUAUGCCCUUCAUGUAUAAUAGUGUUCACGUACACAGAAAUAUUGUAGAUAGAAAUACUGACUGAAAACAAAGACCGUAUCUUUGAUGAUAUAAACAUUGGCAAUUGAGUUGAGAUGUAAACUAUAGUGUUAGUGUAUGC